AUGUUGGAAAUUGUUUUGCGCGGUGAAACGCGGGGACGGACGUUUCCAAAGAAGGGUCAGACGUGUGUGGUGCACUACACAGGAAUGUUACAGAAUGGGAAGAAGUUUGAUUCCUCCAGAGACAGAAACAAGCCCUUCAGGUUCAAGAUUGGCAGGCAAGAAGUCAUUAAAGGAUUUGAAGAAGGUGUUACACAGAUGAGCUUAGGACAAAGAGCAAAGCUGACCUGCACACCCGAGAUGGCCUAUGGAGCCACAGGCCACCCUGGGGUCAUCCCUCCCAACGCUACUCUCCUCUUUGACGUGGAGCUUCUCAGGUUAGAGUGAAUCUUCUCGAGGGAGUUGGCUGGAGACAUCUGUUAAUAACCAUCCGUUCUUUCUCGCCUUGCCAGCAGCGGGAGAAAUCUUCACUGGAAUCCCAAUCUUCCCUGCUCAAGCUGUCCUGUCAAUAGCGCCUGCCGUUCGGUUUCUUACGCCUUCCUUCUCUUUUUUAACUUCGUGGUGUCCGUAUUUGCCUUUUAUUAGAAGCUUUGCUUUGGGAAAAAUGUCUACCGUUGUAACAUUUUCAAGUUGUACAUUUUAUUUAAUUUGCAUGUAAGAAGAAUUCACAGUGACGAUUGAAAAUAUCUAUAAAUAUAAAUAUAUAUAUUCCUUAUUGAAAAACCACUGCCUUACUGUACACUUAAACCAAGAAAAAAAAAACCACAAAAGGUGCUCAAAAAAAAAAUAAUCCAAUGUACGCCUUGUACAUGAACGGGCAUUAGCCAAACAGAGUUACCUGCGCUGCCACUUUUCUCAACUUGUACGUUCUGCUUGCUGCUGUUUUAAAAAAUACUGUCUCAUUUAAGAAAUAAAAGUAUAUAUAUAAACCAAUAAAAUCUUGAUACUUUA